AGUACUUGGAGCCAGGAAAGAAGCAUGAAGUGGCUUGUGCUCCUCGGGCUGGUGGCCCUCUCAGAGUGCAUAGUCAUUUUGCCUCUAAGGAAAGUGAAGACCUUGCGAGAAACCCUGAGGGAAAAAAACUUGCUGAACAAUUUCCUGGAGGAACGAGCUUACAGACUAUUCAAGAAUGACUCCAAAACAACUAUUCUCCCCCUGAGAAACUUUCUGGAUGUGAGUUUGUUGGGAGGAUGGCUAUCCACGCCGCCCCCUUGUAUCGGGAACCUUGUUAGCCUUGAGCAGUCGUUUGGCCUAAGCCUGGUGGAAUACGGGUUUAAUUUUGUACCCUUUGAUGGCAUCCUGGGCUUGGCAUUUCCCACCAUCGCCAUCGAAGGUACCAUCCCCAUCUUUGACAACUUGUGGUUCUAUGGUGCCUUUUCUGAGCCUGUCUUUGCCUUCUACUUGAGCAAAAGCAAGCCGGAGGGCAGUGUGGUGAUGUUUGGUGGGGUGGACCACCGCUACUACAAGGGAGAGCUCAACUGGAUACCAGUGUCCCAAACUCGCCACUGGCAGAUAAGCAUGAACCGCAUCACUAUGAAUGAGAAUGUUGUUGCUUGUUCUCGUGGAUGCCACGCUACUUUGAACACCGGGACAUCAGUGAUCUAUGGCCCAACAGAACAGGUCACCAACAUCCACAAACUCAUGAAUGCCAAGCUCAAGGAUUCUGAGUAUGUGGUUUCAUGUGAUGCAGUCAACACCCUGCCUCCUGUCAUCUUCAACAUCAAUGGCAUCGACUAUCCACUGCCCCCUCAAGCCUACAUCAUCAAGAUUCAAAACUCCUGCCGUAGCAUCUUUCAAGGGGGCACAGAAGCUAGCUCUCGAGACACCUGGAUCCUGGGUGAUGUCUUCCUGAGGCAGUAUUUCUCAGUUUUUGAUCGAAAAAAUGAAAGGAUUGGCCUGGCUCCAGCAGUGUAA